AUGGAGGCCAUGAGAGAAUGGGCCAGCGCCCUGGGCACAGACACGAUCGCUCAGGAGCGGUGCUGCGAAGCAACAGUCGUAGACGAGCUCUGCGACAAGGGCGUUCAACUGGCCCGAAGUCAAGGGGCCUGCGAGACGGCGUUCUUCAGGGGAGACCUCAGGCAAAAGCAGGUCUCCAAGGUCUGCUGUGACUGCUGCAUGCUCGGCAUGACGGGCCUGAGUUGGGACUGCGAGCUGCCGGGUCUGACGCUGGGGAAACACUGUGAACACACGGCUAAAUCCUGCUGUGGCAACAACACAGAGGCCACACCAAAGCCUGAGGGCUCCUCUUGCUCUCAGCUGAGUGCAGCUAAUGGGACAUGUGACUGCCGCAAUGGUUUUCAGCUUGAAAAUGAUGGAGUGAAUUGUGAAGAUAUUAACGAGUGUCAACUGGGCAGCCACAACUGCGUCUCCGGCCAAACCUGCAUCAACACGGAGGGCUCCUUCCGCUGUCAGAGGGAAACCAGCUGUGGUACUGGGUACGAACUCCAGGAUAACAACAACUGCCAAGAUAUUGAUGAGUGUGCUUUGGGGACCCAUAACUGCGGACCAGACUUUACGUGCAACAACACAGUUGGCUCGUUCCGCUGCCACCCGACGGAGGGGUGCACUGGAGGGUUCAUCCAGGACGCCAUCGGCCGCUGUAUCGAUAUAAAUGAGUGCGUGGCCAACACCAGUCCAUGCCUGUCUGGACACACUUGCAUCAACACAGAGGGCUCCUUCACCUGCCGCAGGAACACAGUCAGCUGUGGAAGAGGCUAUCAUCUGAUCCAGGACGGCACACGCUGUGAAGAUGUAGACGAGUGUCGUACAGGAAAUGUGUGUGGUAUCCACGGCUGUGUGAACCUUGUGGGAUCAUACCGCUGUGAGUGCAGAAUUGGCUUCGUCUUCAACAGCAUCGCCAGACUGUGUGAAGAUAUCAACGAGUGCAGGCACUAUCCCGGACGACUCUGUGGCCACAAGUGCGAGAACACAGAGGGGUCCUACCUGUGCAGCUGCACCACGGGCUUCAGACUGUCCCAUGACAACAGAAACUGUGAAGAUGUCAACGAGUGUGAGGCGAACCCGUGCAGCCAGGAGUGCUCCAACGUGUACGGCUCCUACCAGUGCUACUGCCGCCAUGGCUACCAGCUGAGUGACAUCAAUGGGAUAACAUGUGACGAUAUUGAUGAGUGCGCUCUGCCCGCUGGGGGUCACGUGUGCUCAUACCAAUGCUCCAACGCCCCAGGAAGUUUCUACUGCACCUGCCCGUCCACUGGCUACACACUGACCCCCAAUGGACGCACAUGUCAAGACAUUGAUGAAUGUGCAGCAGAGACUCACACCUGCUCUGACUCUGAGGGCUGCUUCAACGUCCAGGGAGGAUUCCGCUGCCUGUCCCUCCAGUGUCCUCAGAACUUCCGACAAGUGUCACAGGGAUCCAGACCGGGUGUAUCGAUGGGUUUACGUUGUAUUAAGGCCUGCCCAUUUGGGGACGCCAACUGUGCUCUGAACCCCGUCCACAUCAUCACCUACAGCGUCCUCUCUCUGCCAUACUUCAUAGACUUCAGCGCACCCGAGGAAAUUGUUUUCCUGCGGACCCUCGUUGCAGCUUACCCUGCCGAUCCCAGCAGAGCGACUGAUUUUUUUUUCGAGAUCACUUCAGCUGAUGAACACUUCUCCUUCGACGUGGAGAAGCGCUUCCACCAGAACAAGAUUAUGGGUGUUGUGCGGCAGGUCAAACCGAUCGUUGGCCCCCGGGACCUGGAGCUGAAGGUGGCUAUGAAUUAUGUCAAGUCAGGAGCCAUUUCCCAUCAAAACGUUGUCGUCAUACGCAUCUUUAUCUCUGAGUUCUGGUUCUGAGCCCAGCCAAGAAGGGAAGGAAAGUACUACAUCGGUGAAAUAACACGUAACUUGGCACGUUGCAUUUAAAUAAUGCCACAUUUAGUGUGAGGAACAUUACAGGAACAGUUGCAGUUUGCAACCCAUCCAGGACAUGAGUUCACAGCAGGCCCUUGUUUUUUAGAUAGUUCGAUGUUGGCCAAAGUAAAGUCAAAAUAUAAUUAUCAAUUCCCCGAUUAGCACCAACAUUUACUGGGUUUGUCCCUGACCCAUACUGCUUCCUUCCAUCAAGUUUGUGGAUAUUGAUUUAGUAGUUUUCGCAUAAUUAUUGCAUAAAACUACUUCCCUGAAGGCAAUAACCAGCUAUCGUCUCGUUAACCACUCUCCUUUGUGUUUAAUUUGAAUUCAGAUUUUGUUGUCAUGAGUGCCACUUCUGUAGUCAGUUGUGUAACCCCCUGGAACCAUCUGAUGUUUGCUUCAUUUCAUCUGCUUCAACUAACCUGCUCUAUAACGCAUCGUUUGAUAAAAAGGAAAAAUAAAACUGUGUUUUGUACCGUCAGGUCAAGUGUCCGUGAAUAAUAAAG